AUGAUGCAGAACAUUAAUCGCCAAAACUAAUACAGACAACGAGGGGCAAAGUAGGGGAUAGAAACUAGGAACUCCAUUAACCCACCCGAAUCCCUCAACUCUCUGGUCGCCUUAUGGCACUCAGCCCGUUGAAAGGAAGAACCAAAGUCAGCAAUUUCGUAGGUUCUAAUAAUCCGAGCAUUAAGGGAUUGGUGUUAGCUGGACGCAAACAUAAUGGCCACCAUCUCAGUCAUGCUCCUUUCAAGUAAGAAACUUCCUCCUUCUUUUAGCCCAUGUCAGUUUGAAUCAAUGAGAUGAAGGUUUUGUCCGGUUUGAGAUAUAGGAACUUCCCAUCCGAGGCUUCGCUUGAACCUUCGACAAGCUCCCCCACGGUUUCAUUUAGCCUAUUUAAUUGUUUCAUUCAAAAGAGAUGGAGGAAACCCACUGUUUCUGCCCAAACCCGUUUGGAAGAUCGGGUAAGAGACUCCAAGUUAGACAAACUCAUGACCCACCUUAAUAGACUCAAGAUUAUUCUCAAAAUCAACCAACUGAUGUCAAAUCGCAAACGCGGUCCCUUUGUGUCCGUACAGUUGAUGUCCCGAUGGAGGAGCAUCAUUGGGCUUAAUGUCAGCAUCGGGUCAUUUAUUCACAAAUAUCCCCACGUUUUUGAGGUUUUCACACACCCAAUCAGGAGGAAUUUGUGUUGUAGAUUUACCGGGAAAAUGAAAGCCUUGAUAAAGGAGGAAGAGGUUGCUAUAAAACAGCAGGAACUGGAAGCUGUGAAGAGGUUGAAGAAGUUGUUGAUGAUGUCGGUAAAUGGGACUCUUCAUAUACAUGCAUUGAGGUUAAUUAGAAGAGAAUUGGGUUUACCGGAUGAUUUCAGAGCCUCCAUAGUUGAAAAAUACAAUGGAGAUUUCAGAUUGGUCGAUUUAGAGAUUGUGGAAUUAGUAGAUAGAGAUGAACGACUGGGAGUGGCUGAGAUCGAGAAAUGGAGGGAGAAAGAGUACAGAGAGAAAUGGUUGAGUGAAUUUGAGACCAAGUAUUCAUUUCCUACCAAUCUCCCAACAGGGUUUAAAAUUGAAAGAGGUUAUAGAGACAAGAUGAAGAACUGGCAAAGGCUUCCAUAUACAAAGCCUUAUGAGAGAAAAGAAGCCAUUCGUGUACGGACAUGUGGAGGAGUUGAGCGCUAUGAGAAGAGGGCCGUUGCUGUUAUUCACGAGCUGUUGAGCUUGACAGUGGAGAAGAUGGUUGAGGUUGAUCAAUUAGCUCAUUUUCGUAGGGAUUUUGCUAUUGAAGUAAAUGUGCGUGAAGUACUGCUAAGGCACCCGGGGAUAUUUUACAUAUCAAUCAUAGGGAAAACUCAAACUGUGUUUCUCAGGGAGGCAUAUAGUAAAGAGUGUUUGAUUGAACCGAAUCCCAUAUACACUGCACGUAGGAAAAUGUUGGGUCUUGUAUUGUUAAGGAGCAGGAAAACAAAACAAUUGCUGGCUUGUAAUGAAUUCAAGGAUGAAAUCUGUGCAGAAAAUGAGGAUGGUGGAAGGCCAGGAGAUUGGUUGGUUCCCUUAAUGGAGAGCUCUGAUCGCCAUGAUAUUGCGGGCGAUUUUGCUGACAUAUCUGAGUAAGACCACAGAUGGUUUGGAUAUCUAAAGUCCUUUUUAAAUGGAGAAGUGAGGUGUAAGUCUUUUUAAUUGAUUUUGUCAACCAUAUGAGAAUGACGACUACAGACCUGCUGCUAGUGCCAAGCUCGAAGCAGAUAAUUUCACUCCGUAGUACCUUUAAUCAAAUUUUGAAUUCAUUGUGGGAACUAGUUUUAACUGUUGACGAAGGUUUUCGAUUUAGGGCUGUGUAGUUUCUCUUUUAUUCUUCCUUUAUUGCUAAAUACAUGCUUUAUUGCUUUGUGACUUUAAAAUUAGGAGCUUUUCAAUCAAACAGUUCAAUAUUUAUUA